GUGGUUGUUUUCAUUAUUUGGCCUAUCUCUCUGGCUGAAGAAGACUGAGGAGGAAGUUUAUGGUUACCGUUGUUUUUUCUGCUACUUGAUAUGAGAAAAUUUCCCUUGAAUGGGUACCAAUGCUGCUGAAGAAGUAGAGACAGUGAGAAAGCCUUGUUCCUUUAAGGUUCACCAUUCGAUGUGCAUUGAACUUUGGAAGUUGGUGGAGAGAAUUUCAGAGAUAUUUCCUGACAUAGAAGCAGCAAGACCUCGUUGCUCAACAGGAAUACAGGCUCUAUGCAUGUUAAAUUGUGCAAUUCAGAAAGCCAAGCAACUCGUUCAGUAUUGCAAUGAAUCUAGCAAACUCUACCUGGCAUUGACAGGGGAUAAGAUAGUUUCAAGAUGUCAAAAAUCAAGGAACUUGUUGGAGCAAAGUUUGUGCCAGAUUCAGAGUUGGGUUCCAGUGAUUUUGGUGGCAGAGAUCUCUAAAAUUGUUGAUGAUCUUAAGGCUGCAACAUUUAAACUGGAUCCAUCUGAAGAUGAGGCUGGGAAGGUUGUCCGAGAAUUGCUCCACCAAGGUGCUUCUGCAUCAGAUUCAAUAGAACAUUCUGAACUCAAGGCUCUUAAGCUUGCAUUUGUGAGGCUCCAUAUUACCACAUCAAAGGAAGUCUUAAUAGAGAAAAGAUCUAUUAAGAAGUUGCUACAAAAAGUUGGUGACAGUGACCCUCGAAAAAAGCAGAUCUUGACAUAUUUCUUGUAUCUAUUCAGGAAGUAUGGAAACUCAGUAGUUUCAAACAAAACAGAGAGUGCCCCUGUGUGGCAACAAGGAUCACUUGCUUCUGAGAAUUUUGGCAGAGACUUGGGAUAUAAUCAGCGUGCUGAAGUUAAACCUCACACAGGUUAUGGGGAGUAUGUAGCACAAAGUAACAUGUUGCUUAGAGCUGAACCUCCUGAGGAGUUUUUAUGUGGAAUAUCUUCCAGAUUGAUGUACGAUCCUGUUGUCAUUGCUUCUGGACAAACAUAUGAAAGGAUGUGGAUACAAAAGUGGUUUGAUGAGGGAAAUGAUACAUGCCCAAAAACUAAUACCAAACUGGCCCACCUUUCAUUGACUCCAAAUGUUUCCAUGAGGCAAUUAACAUCAAGAUGGUGUACGAAGUAUGGAAUCACCAUUCUUAACCCAAGUAUGCAACCAGAAGCACUUAGCUCAUGGGAGAACUCUUCCACUUCCAUUGCUAGUUUAGGCAGUUCUAUGAAUGAUCUACGUCUACAAAUGGAUCUCAGUGCUAUGUCAUUUGGAUCCUUAGAUACUAGUUUCAAUUCUAAGACAGAAGAUGGCUCAAGUCUGGUGCAGAUUGAUGAUGAUUCUCUGAAAUACCGAUAUACUAAACAAUGUGAGACAAAUUUGGAAUUUUUAUCUAAUAUUAGUGAGCUCAAAUGGGAUUCUCAAUGCAAGGCUGUUGAAGAUGUUCAAAACCGUUUGAAAUGCAAUCCUCAAGCUUCUUAUGAAAUGUCCUCCAAGAAUUUUGUUACACCUCUCAUCAAAUUUGUAAGGGAUGCAUAUGAUCAGGAUGAUGUAGAGGCUCAGAGACAUGGAUUUGAAUUAUUAUCUACCUUUGUGAGAAAAAACAGAAAUGGAAUAUCCUAUUUAUGUGAAGACGCGUACACUCUGUUAGUAUCUUCUCUUGAUUCAAAGGUAAAGGAAGAAGGUCUUGGCAUAAUGGAAAUUCUGUCCGUCCACCAGGAUUGCAGUGGUAACAUCUCAUCAUCUGGUGCACUUACUGCCAUUCUAAAACUUCUCGACUCCCAGAUCAGUAGUAUACAAGGAAAAGCUCUUAAAGUUUUGUACAAUUUGUCAAUCAAUAGAGAUAUCUGUUCAGAGAUGGUAUCUAUGGAGUGCAUCCCAAAAUUGGUUCCUUUCUUUCAAGACAGUGCUCUAAGUGGAAAUUGUAUCUCCAUAUUGAGAAAUCUGUGCGAUUCUGAAGCAGCCAGGACUGCUAUUGCUGAAACUGAUGGGUGCAUUGCUUCUAUUGUGGAAGUCCUAGAGUCUGGCAGUAAAGAGCAUCAAGAGCAUGCUGUUGAUAUCCUCCUUUCUUUAUGCUCUCAACGCAUUGACUAUUGUCGUUUGGUCAUGCAUGAGGGAGUUAUUCCUGCUCUUGUCCAUUCAUCUACCAAUGGGACAGAGAGAGCACAGAUAAACGCAAUGGAAGUUCUACGUCUCUUGAGAGAUAUUGAUUAUGUCCCUGAGCAAGAAUCUGCUGAACCUGAGCCUGAGCCUGAGCCUGAGCCUGAGCCUGAGCCUGAGGCACCUAUAGAUGAGCUACCUAGAGACAAUGGAAAUCAUUCGAACGGGAAGAAAGCAUCCAAGGUAUCAGGUUUGUUUGGAAAGAAAAUAUCAAUAUUCUCAAAACCGAGUUCUCUUUCAUCGAAGAAGAAAAAAUGAAGCCUAUGCUUUCAGCUUGCAUCUCCGCAAUGCUGAUCAACACAGAAACUUCCUUGGAAGAGUCACUGCUUUGAACUGAGGAAAGAGUAUCGUCAUUGACAUAGGUUAAGUAUCUAGGGUUGGGGGUUGAUGGGUUUUUGUGCUGAUACUGAUCCAACAUAGUAUUUAUCAGGUUUGUAGAUAUUAGCCGAGGUUGUAAUCUUUUAGUCUUCAUUCAAAAUGUAACAUAUUCCUUUUGCAGCUAUGAAUUCAUGAUUAAAAUGUAUAGUAUCAUAUAGGUUGAUAUGUAUUGCCUGGUUUUGUAAAAUUCUUCAAGUACUGAAUAUCCC